UCACGACACACAUCUCUGGGAAGCUAGCUACGCAGUAGACGGAUAGUUAGCACAAUGAAUUUGCUCUAUGCCACGAUAAUAUUAUGAAAUAGAUUUAUCAGAGGAUAUGAAUGUGUUCAAUCGCAAUUAUCAUAGAUUGAUAUUGGUCAAUUCAUUAAUGUGUCAAGGCUAAGACAAGUGUAGCAAGCUCGUACUUGCCGUACAUUUGUGCUUGUUACGCUAACAGUUAGCUACGCCUAUGAUGACACAUUUCAACAAGAAUACAAGAAAGAAAGCCUAGACUCUGCAUGGCGAGCGAGUGGCGGCAGCAGAAGUGACUGUCCCUAGACCAGCCAGAGAGGCCUGUGGCAGAGUGGUGGUGUGGCCCCAGCCCCGUACGGGAGGAGAACCACCAUGGCCUCUCGUCAUCAGAGGAACUCUGUGCGGAUCCUGUCCAGCCGGGAGCGCGGCUCACAGGCCUUUGGCUCCAAGCGCCUGCUGCAGCAGCUGGUGGAGGAGAAGGUCCGCUGGAUGAAAUGGCAGAGUCAGAAAGUGGAGCUGCCAGACAGCCCUCGCUCGACGUUCCUGUUGGCCUUCAGCCCAGACCGGACCCUCAUGGCUUCCACUCAUGUCAAUCACAACAUCUACAUCACAGAGGUGAAGACUGGAAAGUGCUUGCAUUCGCUGGUAGGCCACCGCCGCACGCCCUGGUGCGUGACCUUUCACCCUACCAUCCCAGGUCUGGUGGCCUCCGGGUGCCUUGACGGAGAGGUCCGCAUCUGGGACCUGCAUGGUGGCAGUGAGAGCUGGUUCACGGAAAGCAACGUGGCCAUUGCCUCGCUAGCCUUCCACCCCACUGCCCAGCUCCUCCUCAUCGCCACCAAUAAUGAGCUCCACUUCUGGGACUGGAGCCGGCCUGAGCCCUUUGCCGUGGUCAAAACCGGCAGCGAGACUGAAAGAGUCAGGUUGGUGAGAUUUGAUCCUUUGGGGCACAAUCUUCUGACUGCUACUGUGAACCCCUCCAACCAGCAGAAUGAUGAUGACUCAGAGGUCCCCAUGGACAGCGUAGAGAUGCCCCACUUCCGCCAGCGCUCCUUCCUGCCCUCCCAGCCUGUACGCCGCACGCCCAUCCUCCACAACUUUCUGCACAUCCUUUCCUCACGCUCCUCGGGAGCGCAGGCCGGGGGGGAUGCGUCCCGCCCUGGCGGGGAGAGCAGCGGCGAGCCCCCCAGCAUGCCUUUGGGCCAGUACCCAGCCUCUCAGGACCGUGGACUGCCCUUCCCAGGCUGCACCCAGCACCUGGGCAUGGUGUGCCUAUGCAGCCGCUGCACAGCCAACCGCAGCCCCUCUCUGGGCGAGGGGCCCUCCUCCAGGCCUGUGGUCCUCCCUGAGCACCCUCAGCCGGCCCCCCAUGCCUCAACCUUUUCCUCAGCCCGUACGGAGCCCCGACAGCCUUCAGAGCCCAGUGGGGCCCAACAGCGGCCCUCUGCCUUCACAACGGUCUACUAUAGCGCCGGCAGCUCCCUGCACCGUGCCGUGCCUACCGCCCACGUGGCCAGCCCGCCCCUGAGCCAGCAGCCUCCCACCCACCAGCACCCACCCCUCUCCCGCCCACUGCCCGGACCCGAUUGGACACGCAGCCUGCUGAACAUGAGAGGCUCAGAGAGCAGAACUGGAGGGAGUGAAGGUGGGGUGAGCGGGGUAGGUGGUAUGGGUGGUGUCGGGGGUGGGAUGCUGCCCCCCCGAACCAGCUCGUCCUCCGUCAGCCUGCUGUCAGUGCUCCGACAGCAGGACGGCUCCUCCCAGUCCCCUGUCUACACUUCCGCCACAGAGGGACGGGGUUUCCCCACGCAGUCAAGCUCUGAACCGGGCUCUAGCCCCGUGGCCAAUCAGCGAGGUGGUGGAGGCGCGGGCACCAGCAGCGGGCACCACCCUUUCUGGGACGGCACGCGCAGCAACCCGACCUCGUUCCGCAACGUGCUCCAGUGCAACCUGAGCCGCUACUUCAUGGAGUUUGACCGCAUGCAGGACCUGGAGUCGCCGCUGGGGGGUGUCGGGGGAGGGGAGGGCGGCCAGGAGCAGACGCAGGAGCUGCUCAACAACAACAUGGACCCGGAGAGACCCAGGCCUUCCUCCUCCCACUAUCAGCCCCAGCCGCCCCCACCAACCCCAGCCGAGAACAACCCCCCUCCCUCCAAUGCGGCUCACUCCUCUCGGGGCCAACUGAACCGCUGCCGGGCCUGCCACAACUUGCUCACCUUCAACCACGACUCCCAACGCUGGGAGCGCACCAGCCCAGCCUCGUCCACCUCCGCUGUCUCCACCCAGGAGGGCUCCAGCUCUCCCUGGCAGCAGCCGACCAGCCCUGCCUAUGAAGAGACCCAUGUGUCACCACAGAGGCGGGAACCCCAACCCCAGCCACCAGAGAGGGAGAGGAGGGUAACCCAGCCCCUGGAGCCCAGCGAGCGGCAGCCCUCCCCAGGCCCUCAUGGUGCGGCCAUGCCCUUCCCCACCAUUGCGUCGUCCACUGCCCAGCCCGGUGAGCAGACGGUGGGCCUGGUGUACAACCAGGAGACGGGCCAGUGGGAGCGCGUCUACCGCCAGGCCGCCUCCAGCCACUCCACCGUUGCUGACGCACCGCCAGAGGCCUUAAGCCAGGAAAUGCCUGUGGAUAACCCAGACGAGGACUCUCUGAGGAGGAGACUGUUGGAGUCCUCCCUCCUCUCUCUCUCCCGCUACGACAUGGGAGGAUCCAGAGACCACCCCAUCUACCCAGACCCUGCCAGGUUGUCCCCGGCUGCGUACUACGCGCAGAGAAUGAUCCAGUACCUGUCGAGGCGGGACAGUAUCCGCCAGCGUUCGCUGCGCUACCAGCAGAACCGCCUGAGGACCCUCUCCUCCUCUUCGGACAGCCCGGCCGGCAACCCCUCGGCCGCAAUGGAGAACAGCGAUGUGGACUUUGAAGAGCUAGAUGACAACGGAGACCGGACGAGGCACCGAACACCACGCAACGCCAGGAUGUCUGCGCCUUCACUGGGGCGAUUCGUUCCUCGGCGGUUUCUUUUGCCUGAGUACCUGCCCUACGCUGGAAUCUUCCACGAGAGGGGACAGCCUGGCCUGGCCACCCACUCCUCUGUCAACAGGGUCCUAGCAGGUGCCUCAAUCGGGGACGGCCAGUCGGCGGUGGCCAGCAACAUAGCCAACACCACCUACCGGCUGCAGUGGUGGGACUUCACCAAGUUCGAUCUACCUGAGAUCAGCAACGCCUCUGUGAAUGUGCUGGUGCCAAAUUGUAAGAUCUACAACGAUGCCAGUUGUGACAUCUCGGCGGACGGGCAGCUCCUGGCCGUGUUCAUACCCAGCAGCCAGCGGGGCUUCCCUGAUGAGGGCAUCCUGGCUGUGUACUCCUUGGCACCUCACAACCUGGGGGAGGUGCUCUACACCAAAAGAUUUGGUCCCAAUGCCAUCUCGGUGAGCCUGUCUCCCAUGGGCUGUUACGUGAUGGUGGGCUUGGCCUCCCGCAGGAUCCUGCUGCAUCCCUCCACCGACCACAUGGUGGCGCAAGUGUUCCGGCUGCAACAGCCCCACGGUGGAGAGACCUCCAUCAGGAUGGUGUUCAACGUGGUCUACCCCAUGGCUCCGGACCAGCGGCGGCACGUCAGCAUCAAUUCAGCCAGAUGGCUUCCAGACCCGGGGAUGGGCCUGGCCUACGGGACCAACAAAGGAGACCUGGUCAUCUGCAGGCCCGUGUUCUACCGUAGUGAUGGAGAGAGCCCGGCCGAAGCAAGCGCAGAGCCCAUAUUCACAGUUAACAGCAGUGGUGGAACCAGCAGAACCCGCAGUACAGAUCGACCAGGGGUCCCCAGUCGUUCCAGCUGGAGACUUGACAGAGACAUGGGUCUCAUGAACGCCAUUGGCCUCCAGCCCCGACACCCCGCCCCCUCUGUGACCUCACAGGGCACUCAGACGCCCAUCGUCCAGCUGCAGAACGCCGAGACGCAGACAGAGAGGGACCUCCCCAGGCCCAGCACCUCCCACGCUGCUGCUUAUGAAGUCCGUCAAGAGCUCCCGUCCACGAGCCGCGAGGCCAAAGGGAGCCUCGAGCAGCCACAAACCAGCCAGAUCGAGGACAGUACCCUGGGGGACGCCUCAACAGAAGCCGGCACCUCUACCGCUAAUACCGGUGAGGCCCCAGAGUACACCCCGGGAGAGGACGCCCUGGCACGGAUCCGCCGGCUCAUCGCAGAGGGCGGAAUGACAGCGGUGGUCCAGCGGGAGCAGAGCACCACCAUGGCUUCCAUGGGUGGGUUUGGCAACAACAUUAUUGUCAGCCACCGCAUCCACCGCGGCUCCCAGACUGGGGCAGGUGCUGCAGCCAAGCGGCCUAGCAGCAGUGACCCUAUUCUGGCCGAUCCUGGCCCCUCUACAGCCUCCCCUUCCGCUUGCCCCCUCAACUCCCUGUGUCUCAGCCUGGAGCACCCCCCUGCUCCUUCAGAGCCUCGCCCAGGUCAGGUGUGGGGUCUGCCCUCCCUCUCUCAACCACAACCCCCUGGCCUAGCCUCAGAGGGUGAGGGGGCCAGUCUCUCAAUGGACAUCGACAACGUGUUUGAAGGAGCCGGCCGAAUGGACGAUUCUGAGCCAGGCCCCUCUUCCUCCCUGCUCUUCUCCUCCUCUUCUUCCUCUCGCGGCUCUUACCCCUCUGGCACCGGCAGAAAUGGCAACAAUAAUAACAACAACAACAACAACGGCAGUAACAACAGAGAUAGUUACCCAGGUGACCCUUACAGCAGGUAGAGUUCUGUGUGACUUGGCCCUUAUUGCCCAGGAGAGGGAGAGAAUCCCUCAGAGAUAGUGGGUGAGUGCUUUGGGUCGACAGACGGUGUAUCACGAACCCUAAAGCCGAGUUGUACACUACACGAUUUUUGGCCCCCGAUUUAGCUGUCGCAGACAAGUUUUUGAGAUCGGAGACAAAAUCACCAUGUUGUUGCCAACUCGAACCGUCCAAGACGUCCCAAUAUUUUCAAACAUGUUUGAUUUUAUUGGCACAAUGUGUAAUGCUCUUGUAGUGUGAGAUGUAAUGACGCGUUUUGAGAACGGUGAUCGGCAAAGGGCAAUGUGAGCUCGCCAGAGUAGAAGCCAGUGAGAUGAUGUAUCCCAUCAACCAUAAUGUGUAGAUUCUCGAACAGGAGCGACGACGACUACUACUAGCUAGCUAGUAUGCGUUUGUACUUGCCUUAAAAGCCAAAGUGUCAAAUGGUUACCGCUAUGAAGUUCACAAGCAAAAUGUAUUGGCUAGAUAUUUCAACUCUAUGGCAAGCGUGGAUGUCUGACUAUAAACUUUUGAGGAUGCCUUGAGCCACAGCUCGUUCUAGCAGCGUUAACAAUCGAAUCACAUCACCUUGUUUUCGCCAGACAGCGUGGUAUCGAGAAUCCUCACGACUAAGUGAAGAAUCUUGUCUUGUACCACAUCGUUUAGUGUGACAAACUACAGGUAAGACGGUUGUUCAAUGUGAGCGGCUCAGCGAUGUUUGGAUGUUGAAAGUCGUGUAGUGUACGCCCGGCAUAAAGGAACAGUAUGGCCCUGUCUUGCUGGUGCGCUUCUCCUCAAAGCCUUAUCUCACAAAGAAUGGGUGCUCAGACUCGGCAGGGUAUCCAGCCCUGAACACAAGGGACAUAAGCUCCCCCUCCCCCACCCUCCCCAUGCUGCACCCAUCAGUGGCAUUGUGAUCCCCCUGCAUUGGUGUGCACUUACACUGCACUUAAAAUGGACCUUAGUUGUAUGAUCAUUCCAUGUCAGAAAGGCUUUUACUUGAAUUGUGCCAGCACCGGGGUACCGAUGCUGAGAUCUUUUUUUUCAGUCCUUUCUCUUUGCAUAGGUGUGACCGAUAGACAAGGUUACUCCAUUCAAAGUGCCAUGUAAGGGUAAUUGUAAACAACAACAAGAAACAGUUAGUUUCUCCAGUGUGUGCAGCGUUCUGGUGCCAUGUGAUUUGAUGUGAAAUAGCGUGCGUUUUUAUAUUUGGAAGCUUUUUUUCUUUCUUUUUUUUUUUUUUGCUGCCAAGUUGUAGGACGUGUAUUUGUAAUUUGAUGAUAAUGCAUAGAGGAAAGAAUCCUAUUGUUGUAUGAAUCAUGAGAUGCGUGUGGCAUGACGAAAGCCAUGCCUUUCAAGAGAAUCUUCAGCUGCCUGUUUUUUUUUUAUUUUUUAUUAUAUACUGAACAAAAAUAUAAAUGCAACAUAUUUUACUGAGUUACAGUUCAUAUAAGGAAAUCAGUCAAUUGAAAUAAAUUAGGCCCAAAUCUAUGGAUUUCACAUGACUGUGCAGGGGCGCAGACAUGAGUGGGUCUGGGAGGGCAUAGGCCCACCCACUUGGCAGCUAGGCCCAGCCAAUCAGAAUGAGUUUUUCCCCACCAAAGGGCUUUAUUACAAAGAGAGACUCCUCAGGACCCCACCCCCUGAGACGAUCCCACAGGGGAAAAGCUGAAUGUGAAGGUCCUGAGCUGGCGUGGUUGCGAGGACGGUUGGACGUACUGCGAAAUUCUCUAAAACGACAUUGGCGACAGCUUAUGGUAGAGAAAUUAACAUUAUAUUCUCUGGCAACAGUUUUGGUUGACAUUCCUUUAGUCAGUGUGCCAAUUGUACACUCCCUCAACUUGAGACAUCUGUGGCAUUGUGUUGUGUGACAACUGCACAUUUUAGUGGACUUUCAUUGUCCCCAGCUCAAGGUGCACCUGUGUAAUGAUCAUGCUGUUUAAUCAGCUUCUUGAUAUGCCACAUCUGUCAGGUGGAUAGAUUAUCUUGACAAAGGAGAAAUGGUCACCUACAUGGAUAUAAACACAUUUGUGUACAACAUUUGAGAGCAAUAUGAUAUUUGUGCAUAUGGAACAUUUCUGGGAUUUAGUUCACCUCAUGAAACAUGGGACCAACACUUUACAUGUUGCGUUUAUAUUUUUGUUCAGUGUAGAUUAACUACGUCAGAGAGGUCCCCUCAAAAGAAUUGUUGUCCAUAUUACCCAUCAGGCCCCAAGUGUACAGAGCAUCUGAUUCAAAGUUAAGAGUCCCCUAUUGCUUCAAGUUCAAGCAGGAUAUGGUGGAUGUAUACAAAAUGGUGGAUGUAAUGUUAAUGUCUAAUCGAUCAUUUCUGACUAUUGAUACUGUACUAUUCUACUGCAUGUUUUCAAUAAUGCUGCAUUGUUUCCGACAAAAAAAGGGAACGCCAUCAGUACAAAAGUCUAGCAAAAUACAGACAAAUCAGCAUUGAAGGACAAACAAACUCAAAAUCCCACAUCUGUUUGGGGAAGCAUUAGCCAGCCGUCUUGCCUGGCUUGUCAUGCUGAAAAGCAGCACCGUCAUUCCUCUCCUGUUGCACUAGAGUGACUGUGUUUGGUGUCGAGGUGUGUAUGGUGAGCGGUGAGGUUCGGGUCAGGACGUGUUUACUAUCUGGUCCCUGGUCACACACUCCACAAACCCCCACCCCUCCGGCCUAAAAGUGUGAUGGAGACCAUCCCCCGGAACCAGACCAGACCUAGAGCCCCCUGUCGCCUGCACUUGCCGCUGUUGCUCCAGGGACCCCGUGAGAGACGAGUAGUUACCAUUUAGGAUUCAGUAAAACAAACCUGACUGUUGACUUGAAUUACGCACAGUGACCCUCCCCUUCCCACAAAGACUCUGAGGGGGAGAGAGCAGGGGGCUAGCUGGAUUGGCUUAUCCAUAGCUGUCUGUCAAUGAGGAGUGUCUUCACUGAGCGUCUUCAGUCAAACCCCAGCACCAACACACCCAGCGCUUCAGAAGCAUUGAAGAAGAGCUGUUCUGUGUGUGUCUGUAUGUAUGUGUGGGCCAGAAGGCUGGUAUAUGUAGAAUCUCUCUUAGUUGCUCUGCCCUAAUGGUGUGGUUUGGUACGUCAGGGUCGGGAGCUUUCGAUUGUAAUCUCAACCUGUCCCCCUGCUGAAUCAGUCAUUUUUUUUAUUUUGAACUUGAAUUCUUGAUCACCAUUCAUUUUUAAUGGUUUUGUACUGUAAUGUCGUCAGAGGUACAUCUGUAAUGUCGUCAGAGGUACAUCUGGCCUAUUGUGGCAGGCAGUGUCCUUAGCAUAUCAUUUCACUAAAGCCCCAUGACCGCGUCGGGUGCUUAAAGGCGAGAGAAACAAUGGCCCAUUUAACUUUUAUUUUUAAAAUGACCCAUAAUGCUUAGCUAUUCACAUUUUGUAUCGCUUUGUAGGGUUCUUAUAUUGAUAGUUUAAGUUGGUGGGAUUUGGAUUGAUUGGGGGGAGGGGAGAAGGGGUUAAUGAAGAUUAGCUGAAAAUGCCAUAUUGAGAGUACAGGACCUAAUGAAAGGAGCGAAUGGAGAGUGCCCUGUUUUUGUUUUUUGCUGUGUGCGGCUCUAAGCAAGCUGUUUGUUGCAUGUAUGAAAACUGUCUUACUGAUUAGAAGAAAGUCAAAUUGCCUGGCAGGUGAAAAAUAACUGUUGAACUAUCUGAAUGCUCCUCCUGGCUUUACUUGAUUAGAGAAGAUUUAAAAAGAAGAAACAAAAGUUGGCUGUUCAUGUGUCUGUUUUGUGUGAAAGAGCGCUGUACCGCAUCACUUCUCCCAUAUGUCCCUCACCCUGAAUGAUACACAUGCUGUAGGUCCACAACUACACAUUUAACAGUGCAAAUCAAUGGUAUACAAAGGUAAACUGUCUCGCCUAAUAUUACAAAACAACUAUAUCAAACUAUCAAGUUUGUCCACUUCAUUGGCUUUGACUUUUCUGUGGUGUAAUUAAAGAGAUUUGUUGACAAAA